AUGAGCACUGUACCGCUGCCCAGGCGCAUCUGGAUAGACUCGGGCAUCAGGCGAUACCUGAAGGAGAACGAGUACGGAGUGGCCGACGGUGCGGCCCUCUGGCGGACUCUGGAUCUUUCGGGGCUGCUGUCUCGCCACAUGGAUACGUGGGCCGACUACGGAGGUUACCCCUUGCUUAGUGUGCUCUGGGUACACGACGACAGUGGACCCGGGCUUGUCCUGAAGCAGGGUUGGCACUGCUUCGACGACGUUGAGUGCAACGAGACGCUCGUGUGGGCGGUGCCGUUCGUGCUGGACGUUCAGGGAGGCACCCGGGUGCCCGAAAAAGGCGCUCUCUGGUUCAGAGGGACCAUCCAGCGCUACAACGUGGCGCGCGACCUGAGCUCGUCGUGGUUUCUUGUGAACACCGCCACGGUGUCCUAUUUCCGCGUCCAAUACGACGCGAACAACGUGGCCCUCCUGACGAGCCAGCUGCUGAAAAACCACACGGUCUUGGGCGAGACCGCCAGGGCGCUCUUCCUCGACGACAUGGUCGCGCUGGCCGUGAGGCGGAUGGUGUCCAUCGAUGCCCUCGUGGGACUGCUCACGUAUCUGCAGAAAGAGCAGAGCUGCACAGUGUGGCAGUUGUACACGCGGGCGGCCCUCAAGGCCUUGGAACACUUCUCUGGUCGAACCGAGUACCGGCCUUUCUACCUGAGGAACCAGGAGAUCUGCAUGCUCGUCCAGCUGGCGCCCACCGACAACGCAUGCCUUCAAGCGAUGCGCCGGACAACGUGCUGCAAUUUCAACAUGUGCGCUACGCCCCGCUCCACUGCGCUAAUUUGGCACUAGAUUGCCAAAUUCUUUUACUUGUAUUUUUCAAAUGCGACUGCCAACUGCGUAAGGUGAAA